UUAUAGACUAAAUCUGAAACGUAAUAAUGAUGAAAAUUGAAACGGAUCGAAAUUUUAUUUAUCUCUUCUAUCGAUACCAUUUAAAAUAAUAUUUUCGAAUCAAACAAGUAAAACGGUGUAUUGUUAACAGAAAGAAGUCAUGCGACAAUUACGAGGCGGUAUAUUUAUUUUGACAAACGCUCGACACGCCGACUAUCGAUAUUGGUUCAUUUUCCUAGAGGUCAUUGAAUAAUUAUCUCUUGAAUAAUUAUAGUAUUGACGUUCGUAAUCCAUUCACUGGCGAAUGGAAGAAUCCAUGGGCAACUGCUUUUAAAAGAUCGCACCAAAAUUUUGUACAAUGCAUAAAGGGAAACAAAACUGCGUAAUGAAUCGUAACAUUGGAUAGAACUGUCGUAUAACAAUUAUUCGGUGAAAUUGCUCUUAGAUCGAAUGUUAGCGUUUAAAAACUCCGCCCUGUCGACGGUAUGUACCCAGUGACUAAAGAGGGUGUAUCCAUUGGGAAUUACUUGGACUCGAGAGGGUAGAAAUGCCCACCAAGUUUCUCCUUGACCCACGAUCAAAUCCGGACUUCUUCCAACUCGGAUUUUGACGUGGCUUCGCCUCCUAGCAAAUUUUUCUACACAUGGUUCGAGCUGUCUCGUUCGCGUGAAGGCGUACGGUUAAACAAACAAAUAGAAAGGAAAAGAUGAGGGGUGUUAGGAAAAAAAAGAAACAAAAUUGCUGAACACCUCGCGGAGAUCAUCGUCAUUGACUUUCGUCCCACGUUCCGAGAGAACGGAUACUUAAAAUACGACCGGGAUAUGCCGCCGUCAAACUCGGUGGAUCGUCAACAAUACUCUCGUAUGACAUAACCUUAAACUCCUCUGUCAUCGCACUACGCUUCGGCGACGUCGGAGCAUUGAUGUCAAGUGUGCCGGAUGUGCAGAACAAGAUUUUCAACAUCGCAGCGAAUGCUUAGAAAUUUUUGGAGCUUUCCACCAUACGUAAGUUCCAGAGUAAAACGCGUACGAUGAAAGGAGCCCGUUAGUAUGCUGGAUAAGCGACGGCUCCAUGCCUCUGGUUCGUCGCCAUGCACCCUGAUUUUUGUGGUUGCCUUGGCGCUGACUGGAUGCUACUCGUUCUGGCUGCACAUCGAUGGCUCCGGGUCCCCGACGCCGUACACCGUCGGUGCGUCGGCGCCGGGGUAUCUGCUUAUACUUCCUGGAAACUCGACGCCCUCCCCGCAGCCGUACUUGAUAAACGAGCUUCCUGUCGAUGACAAGUCCACUUUAAUAAAUAUCAAGGACUUCAGGUUCACGAUUAAUCACGAUCCGUGCAACAGGACGCACCCGUUGCUGUUGAUGCUAGUCCACUCGGCGCCCGAGAACUUUCUCAAGAGGACCAUCAUACGGGAGACCUGGGGCCAGCAGUCGCAGGGCGUGGCGCUACUCUUUAUAGUCGGCUCGUCCGAGGAGUAUCAGGCCAGCCUGGUGGAAGAGAAUGAACAAUACAAAGAUUUGAUACAAGGCAACUUUCUCGAUGUCUACAGGAACAUGACUUACAAGCAUGUGAUGGCGUUGAAAUGGGCUACGUAUCAUUGUCCAAGUGCCAAAUAUAUACUAAAAUUAGACGAUGAUGUUUUUGUUCAUAUACCCGCCAUGUUGGAUUUCUUGACGCGUGAUCUGUCGCCUUUGGGUGCCAGAAGGUUGAUCCUUUGCGACCUUCUACCCGUAGGUAACGUAAAGAGAUCCUGGCGUUCGAAAUGGAGAGUCUCGCCCCAAGAAUAUCCUGGAAGACAUUAUCCCGCGUAUUGUGCUGGAUGGGCCAUACUGUACUCUCCCGAUAGCGUAUUUCUUUUGUAUCGCGAAGCUCAGAAAGAACCGUAUUUCUGGAUCGACGAUGUCCACAUUACCGGGACGUUAGCUAGGAAAGUAAAUUUAACGCAAACCUCUCUGCAUUAUUGGGUGCUAACCAACGAGAACAUGCAGGACCUUCUGUCCAAUCCGAGUUCUCAUAGGGACUUUCUGUUCGGACCUCCGAAUUUAACGGAAAACAAAAUAAGAGCCUUACAGAAUCUGGUCACUAAGCCACGGCCUAGCAGCGAAAGCCUAUUAAACUGAGACAUAUUCGGGCAAUAGCAUAUGAAAAUUUCUUAUUUGCCGAAGCACAAGAACUUUGAUGUCUAAUGUUCGUUCUGCUUCUCAUAGAAUCUCAAUUCUGUCUAGCCAUAUAUUUCUUGGACAUCUGUGUUCAAUUCUUUUGCACAGUAUUAUUUAAGUAUUGUAUUAUAUCACUGAGUUUUCCACGUCGAAUCGCGCAUUUAUUUAUGGUAUACUUUUCUUCUAGUUAUUACUCAGCGCGAAAGAAGUGUAUAUAUACGUAUCUAUUUCUUUUGAAAUAGAGAAUAUUUAGAUUUUAAUGGAACGCGUAUAAAUUAAGACUUUUCUAAGGGUGCGCGAUUCGAUGUGGAACACACCAUAAUUCAGGGACCGCAAACUGGCGGUCUUAGACCCUCCCACGCCAAGUCAACAAAGAGUGUCCCCGGUUAUAUCUACUUUGCGGUAGCGUGUAAUGGGUACCCAUGAAACAUGCAUGUCUUCUUGUUUCUGUUUGUAUCAAGAAUCGAGUACCCCCAUACAGGAAUGGGGUACAUUGACUGGUGGUAGAAACUCCGUAGAUCUUGGGAAAAGUCUGCGGUCCCUGGCAUACGUCAACGCACCAUAUUAUUUGUCCAUAUUUGUGAUUCAUUUACACAUGGUUAACGAUUUAAGUAAUUUUUUGGAGAUUCGGGUGAUUCUAAGGAUAAAGAUUAAUGGAAAUCAGAUUAAUGAUAUAUAAGAUUUAUUGAUACAGCGUGUUUCACAAAAUGUGGGUAUAAUUUCAGAUACGACACACAAAAAAUUUAAAAAAAAAAAAAACAUUUAUCGUGUCCGACCUUUUCAGCGUACGUUGUCUUCAAGAAAGUAAAUCGAGAAACAACAGCGAGAUUCUACGUACGAGAUCUCGACCGUUAAAUGUAAGUUUGUGAUAGAAUUCGCUCGGAUGGGAUGAAUGUUUAGAAAAAUUUUUUCUGUGCUGAAUUCACUCCUACCCAUAUUUUAUUAGACACUCUGCAUAAUGCUAUAUCAAAAUUUAUGAUAUUAGACUGUUAUAUGAGAAUCUCAACGAGUCAAAUUAACAUUGUUACAUAACAAUAAGUACAACCCCCAAAAUCAAGGGUCCAUUUGCAGUUAGGAAAAAAAUGACAAAAGUUCGUGUUCUUGUACCGUGAACCGUUCCUCAAACGAGAUUCGAUGAUAUUCAAUUUUUGAGUUCCUUGAAUGUUUGAGUAACGUACGAGAAUAUGUAAUAUGAAUUUACACGUAUGUACUUAAUUUCUACAAUUGUCGAUUUAUUGUCAAUGCAAUACCUCAGUAUAUUCAUAUAUGUGCAAUUAUGUCUUUAUAUAUUUUGUUUUUUUGUUUGUUCUUUUUUUUGUAACUCCAGUUUAUACAACGAAUACGAAUUUGCGAACGCGAGUAUGAUUCUCCGCGAUAGCGAAUAUGUAUUUUUUUUCUUAACGUAACGAUUAACGCUUUGAUUGAAAAAUGAUCUGUACACUUUUCUCGAUCAAUAUUCACUCAUAACAUGUAUUUAUGUAUAAAAAUCAUUAGUGGAUAUUAACGAAGUACAUAUACUCUUCUUCUUUUUUUUUUAUUUAUUGUCUAAUGCGAAUUUCUACUUUGUUAUUUAAUUUAUAUCGGCUAAUAGUAACUUCGUCAACACAUUACGUGAAAUUAAACAUUUCCAAUUGUAUUCUCGAACGUGUCCACAUAGUAUAAUACGAUGUAAUCUUUGUGAUGAAGUAAAAUAUUAAUUUCAAUAAAUCACGGAUUGUUUUAAUUGCACGUUAAUUAUGAUACCCAAGUAAUCGAUGCAAUUACAUUCUGUAUAUAUUUUGUACAAUCGUUAGUAUCCCGAGCAUGCGACGAAGAUGUAAAUUUAUUAGAAAAGAAAACAAAAUGUGAGUAUAGUUUGUAAUAAAAAUAUUUCGGAUAAGCGUAACCACGGAUGAGGUGGAAGAUAGAUUAUGCAUCUUAUGAGUUACUGACACGCAGAAUGAAAUGUCUACCUGUAAAAAAUCAGGGGUGGUUUUCGAUACGUCAGUCUAUUUGAUAAACUUGUUCCGAGACUUAUUUUUAUAAUAAAAAAAUGGAAUGGAAUAUGGAAUAUGCAUCGUCAUCCACGGCUGAGAUCUAGUAACGCUUGUGUGUAAAUUUGUAUGCGUCGAUGGCAGUAGCAGUGUUACCAGACCGGGCACUGGUUGCACCGGGAACUCCUGGUUCCACUUACGUACACUAUGCCAGA